GAAGUACUCCUCGGGCUCGAGAGUUUCCAAAGUUUACUACCCUUUGCAACCUGAUCAGUGGCAAGCCCUUUUUAAGCCCUACCGUAGGUUUAAGUUUCAGGAGUUGCGUGGUCCUAACAACAGUAGUGCAGGCACCAUGGUCGACAGCAGCAGUCAGCCCAUGGAGGCAGGGUUUGAGCUGGGUGCGUUUAACGUUGUGCACUUGCGGAACCAGCUGUCUGACUGGCUGGCGCAGCUGCUGCUGAGCCUCUUGGGUCACAGCGACUCAGAGGGCCCUCACGGGCUCGCUCGGUGGCGGCAGCGCUCACUCCCGGUGGUGGCUGACCUGCAGCUGGCGCUGCUCCUCGCCCUGCUGCUCCCUGCCCUGAGGUGGGCCCUGGAGUGUACCGUCUUUGAUAGUGCUGCGCGGUCCGCUCUGGCCCGGCAAAGGCCCCCCGCCAGCCGCGUGGGGCAGGAGCGCGCCCAACUAGCUGUGACCAAGUACAAGGAGUCCGCCUGGCGCUGCUGCUUCUACGGCGCGGUCUGGCUGUACGGCUUAACCGUCACGCUCGCGGAGGGCUGGCCCGGGAGGGACACUCGUGCCCUCUGGGAUGGCUGGCCGCACCACACCGUCACGUAUGGGGUGAAGGUGUUUUACAUGCUGGAGCUGUCGUACUACCUGUUUGGUAUCUACGCGGUGGGCGCCUCCUUCGUCGCGCCCGCGCACGCGUGGGAGGUGCGGCGCAAGGACAGCCUGGUCAUGCUCACGCACCACCUGGCCACCACGCUGCUGCUCGCCUACUCCUACCUUCACGGGUUUGUGCGCAUUGGCGCGCUGGUGCUGCUGGCGCACGACCUGAGCGACGUGCUGCUGGAGGGCGCCAAGCUCGCCAAGUACGCCGGCCGCGAGCUGGCCGCCUCGCUCACCUUCGCCGCCUUCGCGCUCAGCUUCUUUGCGCUGCGCCUCGUCUACUACCCGGCCGUCCUCAUCUACAGCGCCAGCUUUGAGGCGCCGGCGCUGGUGGGCCCCUUGCUGACGUGGCCCAUGACGCUCGUGUUUUACUACGUGUUCAACACGGCGCUCCUGCUGGUGCUCGUGCUGCACUGCUACUGGUUCCUGCUCAUCCUGCGCAUCGCCGCCAAACAGAUCGCCAGCGGGGGCAAGGUCGACGACGUGCGCUCCGAUUCGGACGACGACUAGACGCUUCCACCACCAGUCAGCACGCACAAACAGGAUCUCCCUAUCGCAGACCAUGAUCGACCGAAAAGAGAAAAUAGAUGUAGUCUUGCAUCGUUACUGCAUUCGAAAAACCCGCCUAAGCUCUUAGGAUCAGUAAGCAAUCCUCUGAGUCUCUACCGUCGGAGCUCAGGUGCAAGACUGAUAAGAAGGAGUGCUCCAAUUGCCCAGUGCACCACAGCCACCUCUGAUCCUUCUUCCAUGAGGGACACUCUCGAACGGGGCCCUCACAGACUGUAACAGUAGCUCAGACCGGAAUGGCUUCAGCUCCGCUUUUAGGAGGACACUGAGUCACACGAGGCGAGGUUGGAAGUUCCAUGCUCGAGGCAUGCCUCACCACCCGGUGCCCUCAGCAGCAGCACCCGAUCACAGCAUGCCAGCCGGUGUGGUGCUUCUUGAGUCGGGGACUGCCUGACAUCCAACCGUGUGCUACCACCCUGGGCCGUUUCGCGCAGCU